AUGUCACACUUUUUCCCAAGGGCCGAGUAUGCAGAAGAUCAACCUCUGGCCCGAACUAUUCUCGCCACCCAUGUCCUCAGUCGUGGCUUCCAGGUUGGCACGGCAGUUGGCCUACUGAAAAGCGGUGCUGCAGCUCUAUUCAAAAAUCGACCAAUUACUACACUCAGCCUUCUCCGCUCGGCAAGUGCUGGGGGAGCCGUCGGGACCGGCGUCGUCGGAGUCGGCCUCAUCAUUCAGAUGUGGGGCCGAGAGAAGAUCGAGUGGCAAGACCGCAGUUGGCGGUUACGGUACAACCCAGGCCAGUUAGGUAUCGACAACUGGAGUGAGCCGGUGGCAGCUCUUGGAGCACUUGCAGUGGCUUUUCGGAGGCCAUUGGAACCUACAAUUGGGGUUUGGCGUGGGGUUGUUGGUGGGAUGGGCAUUGGAUCGUUGGUUGGAAUUGUUGGGUGUCUGUGUGCCACACAUAUCUUAUUACCACGAAAGGAAUAA